AUGGCCACUAAAGACUGCGUGAAAGUGGCGGUGCGUGUCCGCCCAUUUAAUAAGAGGGAGAAGGAAGCGGGAGGAAGAUGCAUCAUCUCCAUAAGCGCCAACAACCUCGCCAUUCAGGAUCCUCGCAACCAGCAGAGUUGGCGCACCUUCACGUUUGACUUUGCCUACUGGUCUCACAGUGGUUUCGUCAGGAACACAGACGGCCUGUUCUUGCCCGAGGAGACGGGCGGGCGCUACGCAGAUCAGGCAAGUAUAUUUGAGGGUCUUGGCCAAGGCCUCCUGGAAAACGCCGUGCAGGGCUACAACGCCACUCUGCUGGCCUAUGGGCAGACCGGCUCUGGGAAGAGCUACUCCAUGGUGGGAAAUGGGCCCAACAAGGGUUUGGUACCGACCUUCUGUCACAGGCUGUUCCAGUUCAUCAAGAGUCACCAGGACAGCCGACAGUGCCAGGUCUUCUUUAGUAUGCUAGAAAUCUACAAUGAACAGGUUAUCGACUUGCUUUCCAAGACGAGUCGUUCUCCUGGCGGCCUGCGCGUGCGGGAGGAGCAGCACAGGGGCUUCUACGUGGAGGGGCUUAGAAAGGUCCCGUGCGAGAGCGCUGUGCAGGUGGAACGGCUGAUGGAGCAGGGCACGCGCACGCGCACUACCGCGGCCACGCGCAUGAACACCAACAGCAGCCGCUCGCACAUGCUCAUAAUCGUGCAGCUCAAACAGAUCUUCUCUAAGGAAUGCAUCACAAAGCAGUCCAAUAUUAACCUCGUAGACCUGGCAGGCAGUGAGAGGCAGAGGUCAUCGGGGUCAGAGGUCGACCGACUGAAAGAAGGCACAGCCAUUAAUCUCAGUUUAACCACUCUGGGCAAUGUUAUCAGUGCUUUGGCAGACGUGUCUUUGGGGAAGAAAGCGGUACAUAUUCCCUACAGAGACUCGAUCCUGACCAAACUCCUGCAGUCUGCACUGGGCGGAAACAGUCGUACUGUCAUGAUUGCAACAGUGAGUCCAGCAGAUAUUUGUUAUGAAGAGUCCAUCUCCACCCUACGCUAUGCAGAGCGCGCCAAGCGCAUCCAGAACAAGGCUGUGGUGAACAAGGGCCCCACAGAGCGCCUGGUUAAAGAGCUCAAGGCAGAAAAUGCUAGGCUGCUCCUGAGACUGAGCAGACUGGACCAGGAGGGCCGGCAAACAGACCAAGAGACAAAGGAACUGCGACGUUUGCUGACUCACAAUGAGCUGCAGAUCAGAGCAAUUCAGACACUGUGGGAGCAGCACUUACAGGAGGCUCUUAAAGACUGGGAGACUCAGUACACUAACAUUACACAGGAGAGGAGGAUGGUGCAGAUGUACCCGUACAUGCUGAACGUUAACGAAGACGCUCAGCUCUCUGGGGUCAUCAAACUUUUCAUUCAGGAGGGUAACUGGGAUGUUGGUCUGGAAGACAGUUCACCCAAAUCCAUACCACUCAGGGGAUUGGGUAUUCAGAAGAGACAUGCCAUAUUUUCCAAUCAGCAGCACAGAGUGACAGUUACUCCAGUGUCCGGGUCAAAGGUCACUGUCAACGGCAUACCCAUAACUCAGAAAACAGAACUGCAGCAUCUGGACCGGCUCAUCCUGGGCUCCAACAACACCUACCUGUUUAUCGGCUUCCCCACGGACCGGGCCACAGAUGACUGGAGUCGCUUCGACUAUGACUACUUCCAGUCUGAAUUGGCAGCUGCUGAAGGCAUCCAUCUUCACUCAUUGUGUGCUAAGCAGGACCAAAGACCUGUCCAGUCCAACCCCAGUCUUCUGGCGGCCUUCUAUGAUUACAUCAGGCUGAUGCCCAUGGUAGCCGAGGCGAACCAAAUGAGUCAGGAACUCAACAAGGGGGUGGAAUUUAAUCUGGAAAUUAAGAACCUCGCGAUGUCUGAUUCGAAGGGGCAUGACCUGGAGAAGGAGAUUGCGGUCAGGGUGACGUGUGUGGAGAGGAAACAGGUAUGGAUGUGGUCCAAGGCCAAGUUCAUCAACCGCAAGUUUCUAAUGGAGGAGCUGUACCAGCAGCAAGCGGAGGUUGGCGAAGGGGCGGACAUGCCUCCUCUGUCCAGAGAGAAAGACCCUUUCUGGGAUCCGCUGGAGCCCCUGCACCUGGGUAGUGCCCACCUUUGGCUCCAAUCCCUGCCUUUCCACAUUCCUGUGGAGGAACAGGUAGAAGUGGUGGGGUCAGAGGGCACAGAGGAGGCCAUGCUGCAGAUACAGCUGGUGCCCUGCCACCCAACAGGAUUGCCACUGGGUGAGGAUGAUAUCCUGAUCGAUCCCACUGAGCUUCUGGGCAAACGUCUGGACUUCCAGUUGGUUAUGGACCGGUGCUGUGGUCUGCGCUGGCUCAGAGAAGCCCGUAACCGCGGUGUGCAGAUUGGGUUCCAGAUGUUCGACUGCCCGCAGCCCCUGUACACGCCUGCCAUGUGGCACAAUGCGAACCCGCUGCUGCAGCACAGGGUGCAGUUCACAGCUUUGAACACAUCCCCUGCACUGCUGAACUACCUGCAGAACAGCGCCCUCGUGCUACAGCUCUGGGGACUGCAGGAGGGAUGCUCAGAUAUAGUGAUCUGCUUGAAUGGUGUGAUGGUGACUCCAGAAGACAGUAUCAUCAUAGAUACAGCUGCCAUUUCAGAAAACAUGGCAGUGGACAGUGCAGGCUCAGAGCUGAACCCAUCUCUGCAAGCUCUCCAAGAGGACCUGGAGCAGCUGAAGAGCUCUAACGUGGCACUCAGGAAGGAGAACAGAGCUCUACGGGAGCAGCUGGGUGCGUCCGGCCUCAGUGGUGCACUCAGCCUGCUGUCUGCCCGCGGUGUGGAUAGUGGGCGUGGCUGUCGGGAGAGGAGGAGCAGUCUCCGGACCAGCUGCGAUGCCCAGUUGGCUCGGGCACUGAAGGUCUUCUACCACAGUAUGACGUCUGUCAGGGGUCAACUGCUGAGGCUACAAAGGCACAGACCCAGUGAGGACGCAGACCUGCUUGGUCUGCGGCUGUUUGUCGACGAACAUGCUCAUCUGCUUAAGGAUUUUGGGGAACAGCUGGAGCAGUGUGUGAGUGUGCUGAAACAGGAAGUGGCAACCAUCGUGCGCAGGAAAAGAGACAAGUCUGGAGGCUGGUCCUGAUCUAGGAUUGUUCUCCUUGUGUCUGGUCCCAGUUUGGAGACUUUUCCCCUACAGGUUCCAUUAAGGUUUACAUGACACCCAGACAUCCGUUAAGUUGCUUUGAGAUGCUGCUACAUAAAUCACUAAAUAAAUAAAUCUGACUUGACUUGCUGCUUGAGCGAAGGCACUUGAAACGAACUUUUUUCUUUUUUUUUAAGCCUAGCUCAGUAGAGAUGCUAAGAUUUAUCUAUUUAGACUUACCUCCUAAACUAGCUUCCACUUCUUUGUAUCCUUAGUUCAUUGUGUCACGAAUAUUGAAAUGGGGGGGAAAAAUGGAUUUUCACAAAGUGCACUUCCAGUAGAUGUGGCUAUGUUUUAUUCAGAUCUGAAACAAACAGCAGCAGCAGGCAGAUGGAGCAGGAAAGCUUAUAGGCACAGUACACACAGCCUUGUGGAUCCUUGUCCUUCGAGGGCAGAGGUCAUCACCAUAGCAUGCACUGAGCUGAUCCUUGGAAUUCCUCUACCUUCAUGACUGUACAAGUUAGUUAUUACAUCUAUAACAGUGAUUCUGAAACCUAGAUCUCUUCCUGUUUUUUGGUCACAUCCUACCUAAUAAAUGCUUAUCAAAAAAAGUCUUUAUAAGACUUGGAACCUUGUUCUAGAAAGUGUGUUUUAUUCACGUUUAAUCAAUCACUCUAUUCUGUGGCUGUUAGCCCAAGUGUGUUACUUUUGCACUAUCAUCUCAAACCCCCCCCUGCAAAAAAAACCUAAAAAGCUGCAGAAGUCAAAUGAUGUAGAGUACAGGAGAUAAACAGCUUGCAAAUGCCAUUCUACAGGUUAGA